AUGGCGAAAGCUAAUUGCAUUAGCUACAUUCCGAAUGAGCCUCAAAUCUUCAUUGGACAAAAUCGAUCGUUUACCUUUGAUUCAGUCUAUCCCUCGAAAAGUACGCAGCAAGAAAUAUAUAACUUUAGUGUUACUCCGUUGUUGGAACAAUAUAUGGAAGGUAAAAAUGCUACUGUCCUUGCUUAUGGUCAAACCGGAUCUGGAAAAUCAUAUAGCAUGGGCAUGACAGUGGAGCCAUGUGUAAAUUUAGAAGAACAAGGCAUUGUACCCAGAUUUGUAAAUGCCUUGUUUGACAGAAUAUCAUCAAUGAAAAGUACGACAGAGCUAGGUUUGACCACGAGCACUAAAGAAGAAGCACGCGAAUGUCAAGUUUCUGUAACAUUUCUUGAAUUGUAUAAUGAAGAUUUGAGAGAUUUACUGGUAUUGCCAAAUGGAAGCAACGACAGUUUGAAUGAUAGCCAGCAAACAGACAAUCAUUUGUCAAUCAGAGAAGAUAUUGACGGCAAUAUUUAUUGCCCUGGCAUAAAAGAAGAAAAAGUGGAGUCAGCAGAAGAUGUUUUGAGGCUGUUAAGAAAGGGACUACAGCAACGCACUACAGGGACAACAGAAAUGAAUGAAUCUUCUUCGCGAUCGCAUGCUAUUUUUACCGUUGUUCUCAAGCAAAAGUUAAACAACAGAACUCUUAAUAUGUCCAAGUUUCAUUUUGUUGAUCUUGCAGGGUCUGAAAGGCUUAAACGUACUCUAGCUGUAGGCGAUCGUCAAAAAGAAGGGAUUUCAAUUAAUGGAGAACUUUUGGCUCUAGGCAAAGUCAUAUCGGCACUAGGGGACAAUUCAAGAAGACGAAUGACUGGUCAACAACAACAUAUCCCUUACAGAGAUAGCAAGCUGACAAGAUUAUUGCAAGAUAGCCUCGGAGGUAACAGUUGCACACUUAUGCUGGCAUGCAUAAGCCCUGCCUCCUUAGAUUAUGCAGAAACGUUGAAUACGCUAAAGUACGCAAAUCGUGCUCGUAACAUUGAAAAUCGUGUAGCGAUUAACCAUGAA